GAUAUUGUACAAGGCCAGGGACCCUGGGUCUCUAGUGCUUGUCCUGCGACAUCGCAUAAUUACCAUAUUGUCGUACUAUCGCGAGCGUAAAACGCAUCGCAAUGCAAGCCCAGCUGGUCUGACUCAGUAUACCGUUGGGGCCUGACUCCAACGGGGCAGUGCAGAAUUCAAAAUUGGUACCGCAGCUGCCCGUGACGCAACAGUCCGGGUCAUAAUUAACCACACCCAUAUAAGAUCGCAACGUGUUCCAUCUCCACAUUGCACCACAGUCAAGCACCCCUACUUUAACCCUUAUCUACUCUCGCACCGCGCCUACCUUUUAUCUUCCCUACCACACCAACGCAAUCACCGCAUCGUUGUCCACCCCCUCAUACUCACAACUAGCCAACAAAUCAUUAUCUGACGAUGAAUCAAUACGCCUUUCCAUCCUCCCAUUCGCCCUACAGUACCCAUCAGACUGUUGCCUACCCCACUUCUCCACACUCGCAACACGGUCAUGGGAGUUACAACUACGGGACUCCCCUGAGGCGAGCAUCUACUGGGCAUACCUACGCAUCUAGCCCACAAUACGGGUACCCCCCUGUAGUCCAGGCGCCGCAGACUACUCAAUACUUGUCUGUGCCUAACUCUCACCACCGCAGCAGGAGUCAGAGCAGGCAUAGUCAUAGCAGACCCAGAGCCAACAGCCACAGUCAUCAUCGCUCUCAUUCCACGUCACACAGACACCGUUCGCACUCGCGCCCUGCUCAUUCUUACGCAGGCGGUGGUGAUUAUCACAGAGGUCGAUCAGUAUCAAUCGGUGACCGCUUUCGGAAUUUCCUUGGAAUGGAGCCCUCAUCGAACUCUUACUACAAUUCCUACGGAAAUCAAGGGCACGGGCACCACAACUCUCAGGCUUACGGUGGUAUGAGAGAUGAAAGAAGACCGAGGAAACACAGUGGCUAUGUGGACGAACACGGGAGAGAAGUGGAUAGUCGUGGACGGAUGAUCCACCGUUAUUAAUUCAGGCAGCUGUUCUUACUAAAUGUAGUUUAUGUACCCGAAGGGCAGGACCCAGUGU